UUGUUGAUUUGGUUCAAUGUACUAAACUUUUUUUUUCAUAGUAACCAUAUAUACUUAAUUAGGGAGCAAAUCUUUCUGGUCAACUGCUCAGAAAAGAAAAUUUAAGUUCAAAAUAAUUACUUUUCUUUCCAAAACUAUGUAUAUAUUUGGUCAAAAAUGUAAAUUACAGUUCUUAUUAGUUACAAGUGUAAAUGUAAAAUAUAAAUGGGGGUUACCACACAUUUGUAAAAGAUAAGAUUGAAACAAAUAAUCACCACACUUCCUUCAAUAUAAAGAUGUAUUAGUCGAAUCAGUAAAGAACCACCGGUUAUGUUCUAACGCCUGCGUUUGCACGCUCCUCUGUCGUCUUCCAUUUUGUGGGUUUCGUAGAUAUUUCUCAUCAGGCAACUUAAUCUGAGAAACGAAGGUCGCGAUCCUCUAUCUUACUCAUUGUCGCCCUUUUCCCUGAACUCAAAUAUCGAGAACGGAGAUAUGGCUGGCUUGGUUGGUAGGCUGAGUGCACGACCAGAUCGUACACCAGUGUACACCCCAGAUGAAGCGGUUGGUCCUCUUAUAGCGAUGGAAAAGAUCUUGGACAGCCAAAUGCGUCCUAUGGCAUCUAACCGUCCGGUACCAAAGCAAGUUUUUGUGAAUCAAUAUCUUGUGAAAUGGAAAGGGUUCUCGUAUCUACACUGCUCUUGGGUGCCCGAGCAUGAGUUCGAGAAGGCUUACAAGUCCCUUCGUGGUUUAGAAACCAUGGUGAACCAAUUUCAUUCUACAAUGGAGUCACUCGGUAACAAAGUAUAUGAUUUUGUUGCCAUUCCUCCCGAGUGGACCACUGUUGACCGGAUUAUAUCCUUCCGGGAAGAAGAUGGUCAGAGGAAGUACCUGGUGAAGUUCAAAGGACUUUCUUAUGCUGAAUGUUAUUGGGAAUCUGAAUCAGACAUCUCAACCUUCCAGAACGAACUUCGAAGGUUCAUUGAUAUAAACUUUGGUAAUCGCAGAGGUAUAUAUGUUGACCAUGAGAGAAAUCAUGAAGGUUUCAAACAGAUAACUAGUCUUACUCCUGAAUUUAUCACAGGCUCAUUGCAGCCGUACCACCUUGAAGGACUUAACUUUUUGAGGUCUGCGUGGUCAAACCGAACUCAUGUAGUCCUCGCCGAUAACAUGUGGCUAGGCACAAGAAUUCAAAGCAUUGCCUUUUUAGCUUCGCUUUUUGCGGAAAACGUGGCUCCGUUUUUGGUAGUGGCUCCCAGUUCCACUCUGCGGAACUGGGAGAUAGGAUUCGCCACAUGGGCACCACAGAUGAAUGUGGUUGUGUACGGUGGUACUUCUCAAGCUCGUACUGUUAUUGUACAGCACGAGUUUUACUUAUCAAGGGGUCGUAUGAAUGGAGUCCGUGGAGAAACCAACAGAAUUAAGUUUGAUGUCAUCCUCACGUCUUAUGAGAUACUUGACGUAGACACAGCAGUCCUAAAACCAAUCAAUUGGAAAUGCACGAUUGUUGAUGACGGCCAUCGGUUGGAAAAUGAGAAUCCAAAGCUGUUCUAUUCGCUGAAGCAGUUUACGUGUGAGAAUCACGUUCUUUUAACAGGAAGACCACUUCGGGUGGUAAAUUCUGAGCAACAAGCUGAGCAGCUCAGUGCUCUUGGAAAGAGGAAGAGAAACCAGCAGAUUGUUGAAAAAGAAUCUGAACCAACUGAUGGUGAAGCAGCUAGACAGGGAAACAAGAAGACUAGAGGGCCUUGCCGUAGAAGGACUUAUCACCGUAGAAGGACUCACCUUUGUUCGGGGCCAAGACCUUUGAUAGAAGGCCAAGGGAAAUCUCUGAGGGUGUUAGGCUUUAGAAAGAGCCAAAGGAAGACUUUCUUAGAUACGUUGAUGAGGUAUGGAGUUGGAAACUAUGAUUGGAAGGAGUUUGUUUAUCCUUUAAUGUGGAAGACCUAUGAUGAAAUAAACAAUUAUGGAAAAUUAUUCCUGGAGCACAUCAUCAAAGACACUCAAGAUACUAAUCCUCCAACCUUUUCAGAUAUGGCCCCAAAGAUAGGACUAACUCGUGACAAAGUACUUGCCAGAAUUACUGUUAUGAUGCUACUACAAGAGAAGGUGAAACUUAUAGAAAACCAUCCAAGUAAAGCUGUUUUCCCUGACCAUAUUAUCGGAAGAUUUGCUGCACUAAAAAAUGAAAAAAAUUGGAACAAGGAACAUGACAAGUUACUGUUGCGUGCUGUUUCUAAGCACGGGUUUGGGAAAUGGAUAGACAUUGUUAAAGACAAAGAGUUCGAGCUGGAACAACUCAUCUGCAAAGCACUGAAGGUCCCUGUUGAAAAUUUGAUUCGUACUGAUCCAGACCAGAAAGAUCCGCACAGACAACUUGCUGACUAUUUGAGAAAACGAUUUGAAAUUCUGGAGAAUGCAAUGAGUGAUGAGUGUGCUGAAACUUACUACCGUAAUGGGAUAAGAACUGAUGAACAUCCUUUACUGGAUAUUGCCAUUGCCGACAUAAGGAGGAGGGUAAGUGUCAUGUGAAGAUAUGGUGAUGUUGAGAAGGACUCAGAAGAGAGCUGCAGAAGAUGUUACUGUUAAUAUGGAGGAAACAGAAGUUGAGGUCAUUGUAUCGGAUUGUUUUGAACCUAGAACCAAAACAUAGCUGAUAUGUUUUGGAGUUAUUGUUACUUUUAUUAGCCUAUUAUUUGGGAUUUGACUGGAUUUUUAUUUGGGAUGUGGCUGGAUUGUUACUUUUAUUAACUAUAUAUUAUUGGGGAUUUGACUGAA